UGUCUAUUAAGGUUACGAAGAUCUAUGAAAAUUGAAGUGCUAUCUAUGUAGUUAAUCACCUAGCAGAUAUCUAUCUUUCUCCUCUGUUCUCGGUCAGAUAGAAGUCCAAGGGCCCACGCAGGCUUAGCACCUCGAGGUUCUGUAUUCGUCUCCGCCUCCUCCCCUUCUCAAGCCAAUGUGAUUUCAAAAUGUCUGUUUUAUAUCUACCCCAAUCACGUGAUGUCCCGUGAUUUUCUCCGCAGAUCCACACGGCAGUAGCCGGUGAGCUAAUGCUGUCAAACACCGCCUACCCACAUUUCUCCAUCAAAAGCUCCGCACUAUGAGGGGCAGGUUACUUCUUGUAUCAUAUCGAUUGAGCUUGAAACAGCAUUUUUAGACAUCGACAAGACUCCACGCAAUAAGCUUUCUUGCACAUCAACACAUUCACGAAACAAAAUGGCUGAUAACAAUCUGGUGGAUCGACUUGCCCUGAUCACAGGUGCCUCUGGAGGGUAAAAAAUACCGUCCCAACUCUCGAAACCCCAAUAACAAAGACAACAGAAUAGGAUCAGCUUGCGCUCGUGCAUUUGCAGCUGAAGGCGUUCACCUCGCACUCACAUAUUCUACCUCCAAAGACGCAAUUGAUAACCUCCUGAAUGAAUUACGUCAUACAUCUUCUGGGAAAGAUCUUCGCAUCUCAAUUCAUCAAGUCGAUAUGGGGUCCCCGGAGCAGAUAUCUGGUCUCUUUCAAGAAAUUAUACGUGAUCAUGAUGGACGGAAUGUAGAUAUCUUAGUAUCAAAUGCGGGAUAUGGUAAGAGAAUAGUUGAUAUAUCUGAUAUUCCAUUAGAGGAAUUUGAAUAUACGCUCAACAUCAACUUGAGAGCAUCGUUCUUGUUGGUUAAAGGUGUUGUGGAAGGGAUGAAGGCACAGAAGUGGGGGAGAAUUAUAUUCAUUUCGAGUAUAGCUGCCUAUGGAGCUGGAAUUAAUGGCUGUCGUACGACCUCCUUUUGAAUUCUUCCUCCGACUGCUCAACUGACACGUGCUUAGAUUAUGCUGCAUCGAAAGGUGGCCUCACAUCGAUGAUGAAGAAUUUAUCACUUCAUCUUGCUGAGUACAAGAUUACGGUCAAUGAUGUUGCUCCAGCGAUGAUUGGCAACACAGGCAUGAUCCCAAAUGCCGAUGUUGCCCCUGGAUUACUUGACACGAUUCCACUGCAUCGGUUGGGCACUCCGGAAGAAUGUUCGAAUGCAGUUAUGAUGUUUGCCAAGACUGGAUAUGCAACUGGUCAGAGUUUGUUACUCGCAGGAGGAUUGAAUCACAAGUAAACACGUUCUUAUUAUGUGUGGAAGACAGUGAUGAUGGCCGCCACAGUCAUAUAUUGGCAUGUAUAAGACGAAUAAAAGCCUAUUCACAUCAGUUAGCGAAUACACUCUAUAUUCCUUUAUAAGCCAAUCAUGGUGAUAAUUGUCC